AUGGCUUUUUUAAUUUCUCGCUAUAUAUAUCGUACUACUCUUGCUAUAUUUAUUGUUUGGUUUUUAAUAAUUUUCAUCUUAUUUCAAUCACAUGAUUCGACAAACAAUUCUAUCGAUAAACAACCAUUUAUUGAAGAUGAAAAUCCCAAUGAACAUAAAGAACCCAACAUCAGUCCACGUGAUGCAACCAAUUUUAUAACCAAAUUCAUUAAAAAAUCAGAAAAUAAAAAAGCUCGUGUUAUACGUAAUAAACAAGAACAAGUAGGGGCACCAAAUAUUGAUGAUAAAAAUGUUGAUUUAAGUGAGCCAGGUGAAAUGGGUAAAUCGGUUGACAUUGACAAAAGUAAAUUAUCACCAGAUCAACUUAAAAAAUAUGAAGAAGGCUUUGAAAACAAUGCAUUUAAUGAAUAUGUUAGUGAUUUAAUAUCAUAUCAUCGUAGUUUACCUGAUGUACGUGAUCCAGAUUGUCGAAAAAUUGACUAUGGACCAAUAUCAGUAACAGCAAGUAUUAUAAUGUGUUUUCAUAAUGAAGGAUGGUCAGUAUUAAUAAGAUCAAUACAUUCGAUUAUUGAUCGUAGUCCUUCACAUUUAUUAAAAGAAAUUAUUCUUGUCGAUGAUUUUUCUGAUAUGGAACAUUUAAAGAAACCAUUGGAUGAUUAUAUCAAACAACUUAAAAUAGUUUCAGUAGUUCGACAAAAACAACGAGAAGGUUUAAUACGUUCACGUUUAGCUGGUGUUGCUGUUGCUAAAGGUGAUAUUAUUGUUUUUCUUGAUUCACAUAUUGAAACUACAGAAGGUUGGCUUGAGCCAUUACUGGGUCCAAUAUCACAAAAUCGUACUAUUAUUGUAACACCUAUUAUUGAAACUAUUGAUGACACCACAUUUCAAUAUAGAUCUAUUGCUACUAGUGAUAUAAGUGUUGGCGGUUUUGAUUGGAAUUUACAAUUUAAUUGGUAUGCUAUAUCUGACCGAGAACGAGAAAGAAGAAAACAUCAUUUAGAACCAAUAAGAACACCAACUAUGGCUGGAGGACUUUUUGCCAUGAGUAAAAGUUAUUUUUAUGAUUUGGGAACUUAUGAUGCCGGAAUGGAUAUUUGGGGUGGUGAAAAUCUAGAACUAUCUUUUCGCAUAUGGAUGUGUGGCGGCACUCUGGUCAUUGCUCCUUGUUCUCAUGUUGGUCAUAUAUUUCGUAAACGAUCUCCUUAUAAAUGGUCAUCUGAAAUCAAUAUACUUGUUAAGAAUUCUAUUCGAGUUGCUGAAGUUUGGCUUGAUGAAUAUAAAAUUGAUUAUGGUGAUGUUACAUCACGUAAAUUACUCCGAGAAAAACUACAAUGUAAAUCAUUUAAAUGGUAUUUAACUGAGGUCUAUCCUGAGUUAUCUCUUCCACCUGAUGCAAUAGCUCUUGGUGAGAUUCGAAAUUUUGAUGGAGAUUUUUGUAUUGAUGCCGAUACUGAACCCAACCAUUUCAAUGAACCAGUAAUUGGUUAUACAUGUCAUAAUGAAGGCGGCAAUCAGUUUUUUAUGCUAACCACAACGGGUGAAAUUCGUCGGGAUCUAGGAUGUUUAGAUUAUGGUGGUGGAAUGGCAGAUGCUAAUAAAAAUGAUAAAGUUAUUGUUUUGGCAUGUUAUGGCGAGGAAGGAAAUCAAUAUUGGAUUUAUAAUGAGCACAAUCAGAUCUACCAUCCAUCAUCGAAUUUAUGUAUGGCAUUAUCUGAUGAUAGAGAACAUAUUCAAAUGCAAGCAUGCGAUCUUACAAAUAAGGCUCAUAAAUGGUCAUGGAAACGACAACCACUUAAUGAAACGCACAAUACUUAA